AUGGCGACAGCGGGCACGCAGAUCAUCGAGUCGGGUCACGCCGACGCGAUUCACGACGUGCAGAUGGACUACUACGGCAAGCGACUGGCGACGGCGUCGUCCGAUCGCUCGAUUCGCGUCUUCUCCGUCGCAGGCGACCACCACUCGCAUCUUGCGGAUCUGAUUGGUCACGAGGGUCCGGUUUGGCAGGUGACCUGGGCUCACCCUAAAUUCGGGUCCAUCCUCGCAUCGUGCUCGUACGACCGCAAAGUGAUCAUCUGGAAAGAAACCAGCGAGAACCAGUGGAUCAAGGCGCAGGUAUUCUCGGACCAUGAGGGAUCAGUCAAUAGCAUCAGCUGGGCGCCACACGAGUAUGGGCUGGUGCUCGCAUGCGCCUCCUCUGAUGGCUCCAUCUCCAUCCUCACCCACCGCGCCGACGGCGGCUGGGAUGUUUCUCGGAUCCCGCAAGCCCACCCUGUUGGGGUUACCUCCGUUUCCUGGGCUCCUGCAACGGUUCCAGGAAGCUUCAUGGGGUCUGGUCCGAAUCCGGUGCUGCGGUUUGUGUCGGGCGGGUGUGAUAAUAUGGUGAAGAUUUGGCGGUAUUCGAGCGAGGGAGGGGGAGGGUGGCGGCUGGAUGGCGCGCCGCCUGGUUUGGCACGGCACACGGAUUGGGUUCGGGAUGUGGCUUGGGCGCCGAACCUGGGCCUGCCGAAGAGUACAAUCGCCAGUGCUUCACAGGAUGGCACUGUACUGAUCUGGACCCAGACGAGCGAGUCGGACCCAUGGAAACCCCUGCUGUUGCAGGACUUCAAGGUGCCGGUGUGGAGGGUCAGCUGGUCGCUCACAGGAAACAUCUUAGCUGUAUCGGAUGCGAAUAACAAUGUAUCGCUCUGGAAGGAGGCUGCAGAUGGGCAAUGGUCCCAAGUCUCCACUAUCCAACAACCAUAG